GAAUGUUGUCUUCCAGCUGGUUCCGCCGCCAUUUUUGUUGCGAACGUAAACAGCCGCGGUGUGCCAGGACUUGUUCUCGCUUCUCACGGAGACGCUGCGCGACUCGACGAUUCGUGAAGAUGAACGAAGGGACCUGAGCGACUUGCCACCGGGACCGAAUGCCGAUGUGGGGCUGCUGAGAUGUUGUGACCGUGGCACAGUGUUUCCUUGCAGAUGGGGCUUCCGCGUGGAUUCCCUCACCGGGAAGGAGCGGAUCAGGUUUAAACCGGGGAGGGCCCGGCCCGGUACCCGGUACCCGGUGCCCGGUGCCCGCUGGCCGUCCGUCGGCCCCUUCGGCAUGGACCAAGAGUACGAGAGGCGACUCCUGAGGCAAAUCAACCUCCACAACCUGCCCGCCGAGGCCCGGCUCACCAGGUGCGGAAGUGUGACCUGCAGCCCCGUCGGCGUGAAAUCGGGAGACCGCUUCAUCCCGACCCGCGCCGGAAGCAACUGGAGCAUCAACUUCCACUACGCCAACGAGAACUGUCGCUCCCCCAGCCAGAACCAAAAAGCAAAAGACGCCAGUUCAGAAUCAGGCAAAGAUACGGUGGCGUAUGCCGCCUUAUUGAGAAACGAGUUGCUGGGUGCGGGCAUCGAGUCGGUGUCAGACCUUCACACGGACGAUAGGCGCCACGCCGUCUCCUCUCACGGCUCUCGUAACCUCUUCCGGUACGCCGUCCACGCUAAGAGAGUGCCUUUCGAUAGCGAUAAUGAAGUCUCGCCCUACUCUCUUUCUCCGCUCACUAACAAGAGUCACAAGCUUCUCCGCUCGCCGCGCAAGCCGGCCCGCAAGAUCUCGAAGAUCCCCUUCAAGGUGCUGGACGCCCCGGAGCUGCAGGACGACUUCUACCUCAACCUGGUCGACUGGUCGGCGGGCAACUUGCUCAGUGUCGGUCUGGGAGCCUGCGUCUACCUGUGGAGCGCCUGCACCAGCCAGGUGACACGGUUGUGCGACCUUUCGGUGGACGGCGAUUCCGUGACGUCCGUUUGCUGGAACGAGCGGGGGAGUCUGGUUGCUGUCGGGACCCACAAAGGUUAUGUUCAGAUCUGGGACGCGGCGGGUGGGCGAAAGCUGACCGGUUUAGAGGGCCACUCGGCUCGUGUGGGCGCCCUGGCGUGGAACGGGGAGCAGCUGUCGUCGGGAAGUCGCGACCGAGUCAUCUUGCAACGGGACAUCCGAACCCCGUCGUCGGCCGAGAGGAGGUUGCAGGGACACAGGCAGGAAGUGUGCGGUCUCAAAUGGUCCCCUGACCAUCAGCAUCUCGCCUCCGGCGGCAACGACAACAAGCUCCUGGUGUGGAACAGCUCCAGCCUGCUCCCGGUGCAGCAGUACGGCGAGCACCUGGCCGCAGUCAAGGCCAUCGCCUGGUCCCCUCACCAGCACGGGCUGCUGGCAUCGGGAGGCGGCACCGCCGACCGCUGCCUGCGCUUCUGGAACACGCUGACGGGCCAGGCGCUGCAGAGCACCGACACCGGCUCCCAGGUGUGCAACCUGGCGUGGUCCAAGCACGCGAAUGAACUGGUGAGCACUCACGGCUACUCUCAGAACCAGAUCUUGGUGUGGAAGUACCCGUCGCUGACGCAGGUGGCCAAACUGACCGGACACUCCUACAGAGUGCUAUACCUGGCCGUGUCACCCGACGGCGAGGCCAUUGUCACGGGCGCGGGCGAUGAGACUCUUCGCUUUUGGAACAUUUUCAGCAAAACGCGUUGCACCAAGGAAUCAAAGUCUGUGUUGAACCUUUUCACACGAAUCCGAUAGACGAGCGCUUCCGACAAGAUGGCGGACCUGCAGCACUUCGCCACCUCGGCUGUUUUUGUUUGUUUGUUUUGUACAACAACGUGCACUCUAAACGUCCCGUGUUCGUCGCGCCCCCAUCAGUGAUGUCACGACUAAACAAAAAAAGAAAAUGUUGGCUUCUUAUUCAUGAUUUUUGUUUGUCAAAAGUGUUUCAUUUGAUGAUAUAUUAGCAGAAAUAUACGUGUUGAAGAACUCUGA